AUGCGACAAAACCAUUUAUGCAUUUGUACAGAACAAUUACAUACUUUGACUGUGAUUUGUUUCAUCUUGUUUGUUUAUUAUUUUCGUCAAAGUUAUCAGAAUAAUAACAUUGCUUAUAAUAUUCCUGAUCCAGAAUGUACCGAUGUUUUUAAUCUUUGUACUGAUGUUGAUAAAGAACAACUUGGUUGUCAAAUUAUUCGUGUAAUACAAGAACAAAUGGAUGAUGAUAAAGAUGGAUUAAUUCAAUCAUCUGAAAGUACUCAAACUCAUAAUGUGAUGAAAGAUAUAAUUCUUAUAUCGACAUUAUUUGUUUCAGUUGGUGUCUGCAUCCAUCCAUUUAUUCGUCAACGUCAAACACAAGAAAAUAUGAAUAUUAUGUUACAAGAACUUGAAAUAUUACAAAAAGCUAAAGGCAAUUUAUUAGCUGAACAGGUAGAUGGAUUUCGAAAACAUCGUGAUUCAAUUAUUGAUCAUGAGAAACAAAUAAGUUUUGAUUUAGAAGAAAUUGAACAAAAAGGUUUUUCUGAUGCUGUAAGAAUGGGACAUACAAAUUGUAUAGAUAAUGCUGAUGAAUUAGUACAUGCAACAAAAGAACGAUUAAUCGAAAUUCAUGAUGAAUAUGAAGAACGUGAACAACGUUGGAAUCGAAUUGUAAUAUUACUUAAUCGUGAUGAUUUAAAUGAUUUAGGAUUAUCAACAUCUGUUAUAUGUCGUACCAAAGAUUCGCCUAGUGUUCAUGCCUAA